UAUGUGAUGCGUCGCCUGUAGGCUGUAGCUUAAUGUUCAAUGUACAGCGUCUAAAACUGUAAGUCGAUGUCUAAAUUGGUGGCGAUAUGCAAGAAUUGAUACACCGCAACACCGCAAGUCCUCGCAUGGUUUAAAAAUUAAGUAUUAAACUUCACUACUGUGUCCUCAAUGGUGUGCAUGGUUCUAACGUUGACAGGUUAUAACACAUCGAUAUCUGGUGCACUGUGUUCAUUAUCAAUUGUUCAGAGUUUCGAAUUGUGGUUCUUCUUCAGAUCAUCUGGCCGGAGACUCGAGACUGAGUGCUAUCGUAGUCACUUCUGCUUGUUCAUCGUGAUGUGCAAACAUAUAUUCAAUGCCCAAGUUUCGAUACGGGCUCCAUGCUGCAAGCAAUGGUUUGAUUGCGCAGAGUGUCAUGCGGAGACGCAAGAUCACGGGUUAAGGAAGACAACCGAGAUGGCGUUCAUGUGCAAGAAGUGCAAGAAGGCCUUUAGGAAGGAUAUGUCGAGCUACGAGGAGAGCGAUGAGUUCUGCCCGCACUGCGAUAAUCACUAUGUCGUCGAUGCCAAAACGCCGCAGGCAGUGAUCGGAGUUGAGGGCGAAGAUGCACGAGUUGACGCACGGAUGCUCAAAGAUGAUCGUGUUCAACAAGAUCCAAAGCGAUCUAUCUUUUCAAGGGAUUUUUCGGAUAGAGUGGGAUGACGGCUCUCUCGAUACCCUUAUGUUCCCUGCUUUCCGCCCGCGUUGCAUGCUAUCACUGUCGCUAUUGGAUUAGGAUGAUGAUCCAUUUUAUCAUCAUUUACCAUUUUCUCAGUGUGACUGACUGACGUCCGUCCAGUCUCUCGAGUCUCAGGGCACAAGCAUUACACAGACUAUGGAACUUAAUCCGAUUGAAGUGUUUGAUACAUAUACAGACAACCGAAGUCUCGGACAAUAGGUUAAUCGCCUGUUCAGCGCUGCAGCACUCAAUACUCGACCUUUUGUGGCGCUCAUCCCACGCUGAGUCGUAUCGGUGAGGCGUGUAACUUAAAGCG